CGUGACAUCACAGGCAGGAAACUACAGCGAGUAUGGCCUCUUUUUAUGGAAUAUACAUCUCACAGGAUUGCUGCAAUUUAACUAUUUGAAACAUUACAAGUGGGAGUGCUGUACACAUCAUCGCGGAAGAGUUGCAUUAUGAACCGCCGGCUAUAACUGGGAGCCAAUAACUGUCAAUUGAACCAUGAGCGGGGCAGCUUUAGGAAUCGAAAUUGUGGUUGUUUUCUUCUUGGCGUUGUUCCUGCUUCACCGAUAUGGGGAUUUUAAGAAGCAGCAUAAGAUGGUGCUCUUUGGCACACUGUUAGCCUGGUACCUCUGCUUCCUCAUCGUCUUCAUUCUCCCGCUGGAUGUCAGCACGACUAUUUACAAGCAGUGCAAGAUUGAUAAUGAAGAGCAUUCUACCAAUUCUGCAGUAACAGCUGAUUCAAAUCAGUCUACAAGAAGUGACAGCACCACUCGAGCAAGGUUACGCAAAGAGUGUUACAAACCAUGGAGCUACAUUCCAGAUGGUAUUAUGCCCAUAUUUUGGCGUGUGGUCUACUGGACAUCCCAGUGCCUGACCUGGCUCUUGUUACCUUUCAUGCAGUCCUAUGCAAGGUCAGGAGGGUUUUCCAUCACAGGGAAAAUCAAAACUGCCCUGAUUGAGAAUGCAAUCUAUUAUGGGACAUAUCUACUGAUUUUUGGCUCUCUCUUAAUCUAUGUUGCUGUACACCCAAAUUUGAUUGGGCACCUCGAUUGGUACCAGUUGCAAACAAUUGGGAUCACAGCAGCCAACACCUGGGGUCUGUUCCUCCUGGUGCUGCUGCUGGGCUAUGGGCUGGUGGAAAUCCCACGCUCCUAUUGGAAUGCAUCGAGGCGAGGGCACUUGCUGAUGAAAACCUACUUCAAGGCAGCUAAACUGAUGACAGAAAAAGCUGAUGCAGAGGAAAGCUUGGAGGAUGCAAUGGAGGAGGUUCGUAAAGUCAGCGAAUGCAUAAAGUACAACCACCCCCUGAGAAAAAACAUUGACACUAUUCUUAAAAAGUGCCCCGUGGAGUACCAGGAGAAAAUGGGACGGAACAUGGAUGAUUAUGAAGAUUUUGAUGAGAAACAAAACGUGUAUCCAAGUGAGAGAAGUUUGGUUAAGCUGCAUAAACAGGUGAUUUAUGCAGUGCAGAGGCAUAACCGUACCAGGGUCCAGUGGCAGAUUCUUCUGGAGACAGCCUUCCACUUGGAGGAUGUGGCGAAGAACGAGACCAGCGGCACGCACCAGUUUAUCAGGAGCUACACUCCCCAGGAACCAGAGGGCUUUAUCUCCCGGUAUCUCUACACACCGACAGUAGAGUGGUACUGGGAGUGCCUCUUGCGGCAGUGGUGUUACCGAAUCCUGGCCGUGAUGGUCACUCUAUUUUCUGUUGUGGUGGUUUGGUCCGAGUGCACUUUCUUCAGCACCCAGCCAGUCCUCUCACUCUUCGCAGUCUUUAUUCAGCUGGCUGAAAAGACCUACAACUACCUGUAUAUCGAGAUGGCUUGUUUUCUCACCAUCUUCUUCCUGUGCACCUGCGUUUACUCCACUGUAUUCAGGAUCCGAGUCUUUAACUACUACUACCUGGCUUCACAUCACCAGACAGAUGCCUACAGCCUGCAGUUCAGUGGAAUGUUAUUCUGCCGUUUGACUCCUCCACUGUGUCUGAAUUUCCUGGGUCUGAUCCACAUGGAUUCUGCCAUCUCCCACCAGAAUAGAGAGCAGACUGCAUAUACCUCUAUCAUGGGUUCAAUGCGUGUGCUCUCCUUUAUUGCUGAUGGCUUUUACAUCUACUAUCCCAUGCUGAUUAUUGUUCUCUGUAUAGCCACAUACUUCAGUCUAGGAACUCGCUGUUUGAACUUACUGGGGUUCCAGCAAUUCAUGGGGGACAAUGACAUGACUUCAGACCUCAUAGAUGAGGGCAAGGAGCUCAUUCGGAGAGAGAAAAGAAAACGGCAAAGAGUAGAAGAUGGAGAAAACAGAAGAAGGGAAUGGCAGGAGCGCUAUGGAAAUCGGCGAGAGGACUACACUCGCAACAGGAAUGUACAAUCGUCUGAAAUGAAAGAGACCAGCUACUCAGACACCAACAACAGCAACAGGGGAAAAGCAAGUAAGUACACCCGGUCGAAUAGCCGUCCUGAAAGGGACCGGAUUGAGCUGUUACAGGAGGCUGAGCCCAUGGAUUUUAAUGCUGAGACAUUCACUGAUGACCCCCUUGAUGCUGAAUCUGGAAGGCACCCGGCAGGGGGAAGAUAUUUGUCAAUGUCUCGAAGCCACAUCUUUGAUGACGUCUGAUUUGGUUAACUUCAGCUGAAGCCGAUCACAACUCACGGGUUUCUUUACAAUUCUUUCUCUUCUGGGGUCUUCCAGGGGGCCGCGCAGAACUGCGGGCUGAAACGAGAUGUUCAUGUUUCUGUGAAUGUGUUGUAUUAACAAUUUACCUCUUCUGAGCAAUUCAAUUCUGUAUUUUGUAAUUAUAUAACUACAAUUUUUUUCUUUCGUGAAAUGUUACAUGUAUUCACAUGGAUAUAGAGGUUUUCACAGAUUCUUCAAUACAAGGUAACAUUCAGCCUUGUCUGCUGAUAUUACAGGGGUUCUAUGAGGAGUGAGGCUGUAGUCUUAUUGCAUUACAACCCAAUUGUACAAUCAUGCUUUUUGGUUUUUAUAUAAUUUAGGGGAUAAUUGGAAGUAGUAAAAUGACCAUUUUAUUUAUUCACCUGCACCUUUUUAAACAUAUAUAAUAUGGGAAGAAUUCAGAGGUUGUUUUAUAUAUGAAAUGCAGAAUUUCAUCCACUUUGCUGAGAAGCAAAAAUGUUGACACAGAAGACCUAAAAAAGCAAAAAAAAAAAACUAAAAGAACGCAAAUGUGACACCCCCCAAUGAAUAAAAACAAAAAGCAAACACCAGCUAACCUAAAGAAAAACGAAUCUGUUUUAUUUGGUUAAGAAGGAAUUAUUUUAUGGUGUCAAAUCUUUUUUGUUGUGUUUUGUAUAUUUGUGUGUGUGGGGUGGGGGAUAGGUUAUUCUCAUUGCAGUUUCUAUAUGUAUAUACUGUUCUUUUACUACCUUUUAAGCAUUUCAGUUACUUGUUUAACAGAAUGGCAUUGGGCAGCACUUUAUUAUGUAUUAAGCUUGGUAGUGUUGCUUUUACUGGAAGCCACUUGGAUUCACUAGAUAGCCUCAGUUUGAUUUCACUAUUGUAACAUACCUUCUGAUGUUGUAAAUACUACCCCUUGUUUUGGAGGUUCAGAACUGUGUAACCAUCACUAUACUUGAAACACUGGAAAGGCACUACAAGGUGCAGUAAUGGUAGAGUGAAGCAAACUCCAUUGCUCUUUUCUGAACCUUUUUUAUACACCUUGCUAUGACAUCAUAAACCAGCAGCCAGAAGGAGGAACAUAUGGAUUGAUACGAUCAUUUAGAAUCAUAAAUGCAUGUGUUGCAUUUAACUUAUGACUGAGCAAUCACCUACAUAAAUAUUUGCUUUGUUGUGUGCUUUUCCAUGGUUAAUGACUUCUGUAUCUCAAAGCAUACUUUUUAAAUAAGGACAAAGAGAUCACUGGCUAAUUUAGAAAAAAGCAACUGCUCAACCAAAUACUCACCUCAUAAAGGUUACAAAAAGCAUUUUGUUCUUGUGUGAUUUUAUUAGGUUAAAUAUAAAGUACAGUAAUUUAUCAGGCAUUUGUGUGUGUGUGUGUGUGUGUGUGUGUGUGUGUGUGUGUGUGUGUUUUUUUAAGCUUAGUUUUUUACAUUUUUAAAUUGAUUAUAAUCAAUGUCAGAAUUUAAACCUGUAGGUUUGUUAUUUUAAAAGUUGCAUUGACUUAUCAAUAUUAUUUUAACAUGUUGGUACAUUUAUCUUGGUGAUUAAAUGAUUUAAUUGACACUGUAUUUUUCAAAUGCAUUUUGAAAGUGAAUCAGAUAAAGAUUAAGUCCAGUCAUUGCAAUGUGCCAAAGACGCUACAUUUAUUUAUUUUUUGGUUUACUUACUUUAAUUAGAAGUAACCGCCACAGCAGAUGAAUAUAAUAUUUAACUGACAAGCAUGCAAACAUUGACAAAAAUAAACUAAAAAAGGGACAUAUUUUCAAGGUUACAUAAUCAGACACUGUGCCUUUUAAGUUAUUUUUCCAGGUGCAUCAAAUCCUUGUGACGCCCUAAACGUUUGUUAUCCUACUUUAUUUUUAUCCUAUGUUUUUGUGUAUUUUCUUUUUGGUAUUUUAGUUUACAUAUUUAUUUUCUGUUGUUAUUUUUCUCGGCACUGCAGUGAAGUUCUUUUGAGGGGAGUACUAAAACUAAACAAGUAAAACAGAAGUAGCCUUGUUGUGUUACAGUAGAUAAUGCAAGCACAUCCUGUGUGCCCCCUUCAGUGGUGCCUUUUUGUGUCUACUGUGAAAGUGAGAAAGCUCCUUCAACCCAAAGCUACUCUGACCAGUUGCCAUGGGAACAGUGAUCAGAUUGAAGCUGAAACCUAUUAAUCAGCAAUCUCUAUUGAAAUUGUAUUGAUAGCACUUACAUUCUUCACACACACACACACACACAUAUAAAUUAUUUUUAUAUCUAUUUAUUUUUACAUGCACACACCAUAUGCACAUAACUGUAAACUGUAUUUAACAUUGUAGGGAAUGUUAUUUUAUGUUAAACAUCUUUGUAAAUGCCAGGCUUUCUGUUUGUGACUAACUGUUUGAUUGUCAAUAGAGUGAUCCAUUAACCCUUUAAGAGCCUAGCAUUUUAGACAGAGAGACAGUUCCAGGGCCAGUUUCUUUUUAGCAUGUUUUCUAUUGCUACUGUUAGAAAUUACACAACAGCUCUACUUCCUUUAGUGAUCAUUUGCUUUAUACUGUCAGUACUUCAACAAACUGUAUAUGUAAUGCUUUCAACCAGUUAGUCUUUUUGCUGUACAAAAUAAAACAUUUGGACUGGCCUUAGGACUGCUUUACCUAAACUAACAUUAGGUAUUUGAAAAUCAGUGAUAAUUGGAAGUCAUUGUUAGUAGUUACUGUGAAUUUGCAUAACCAGAAUCUAAGUUUAAAAUAGGAAAUAAAUAAUCCAUAUUGAGAAACACGCCUGCUUUUAAAGUAUGACCAGAAAAAAAAAAAAAAAGUUACAUCUGGGCUGAUCGUCUCCAUGUGUCAUGUCAUCUGACGACAUGUGCAUGUCUUGAUAAAGUCCUAAUUUACAAACUGUAAAUAAUGUAAUGCGUCAAACCACCUAAAAUAGCAUUGGGACUUUCACCCAAGAAUGACGUGAUUGUGGAAGAACCCGAACUGCUUCACUUUCUUUUAUAUGCUUUCAUAGUAUCCCUUUACUGUAUGUGACAGUGAGAUGAUGUCAUGUUUAUGUAAUAAUAUAAUUUAUUGAUGACGUAAUGGUUCAAAUCUCUGUAUAUUUGAAAUUAUAUUUAAUCCAAAGAAAUGUAGUGAUGUACUAAAUAAAGUGAAUUCUAUUUA